AUGGCAGAGCCAGUCCCCAGUAUCCCUAUCCCCAUCCCGCCCGUCGACCCCGUACCUACCUCCUCUAUCGCCCCUCCCGCCCCGCAGCCCGAGCUCGGCAAGGAGAUGACAACCAUCAUCGAGAAUGGUCAGACGGUCGUCCUCCCCGUCCCGCGCACGAACUCCGACCACCCGGCUCAGUCUGACCAUGCGGAAGGAUGGGCCGGGCUCGGCAAUAUGGGGAUGACAUCGACGCCUCCAGGUGGGCCCGGGGUACCGACACCGACGAGUCUUGUUCCCGUUCCUGCGCCAUCAGUGGCUGCUCCCGCGGCGCCUGCGGAUCCAGGUCUGCCUCUUCCUCCUCCGGCUGCCGGGACGAGCAGCGCAGUUGUGCCAGUACCGGCCCCAGUACCGUCCUUGCCGCCAGGUCAGCUGGUGCCUGGAGCGCCCGCUGCGCCGACUUCCUCGACAGCCGACGCGGUAUUGCCGCCCGUCCUGCUCAAUAAUGAUAAGCCUAGCGUUCCCGUGACCACAUCUAGCAGCAGCAGCAGUACCAACGCUAAUCGUAUCAGGCCCAACAUCUCACCCUUACCCCAAGCCCCAGUCUUCUCCGACCCCGUGGCGAUCAAGCCUUCCUCCUCCCGUCUUCCUCCGCCCAGACCGAGCUCAUCUACGCGGGACGUAUCCCUUGUCCCCGGCGGACCGAGCGCUACCUCCUCCUCUGCCUCAUCUACCUCAAAAGGCGCUUCGGCAUCGGCAUCGGCCACCUCCUCGGCAGUCGCAGAUUUCCCGUUUGUUCCUGUCGCGCCCAGUUCGAGUAGCCGGACGCGGACAGUCUGGGAUGCUAUGGGCGGCUCAUCAUCUGGCGCAAUCGAGAACGUAGCGGCCAAGCCGACGACGAGCAGCAGUGCCCGUGCCCCUGGCCCCGUCCCCAUCCCAUCUCUCUCGACCUCGGCUACGAUGCUGGAUGGAGUCAAGGCGGGGCAGAUAGCUUCACAGAGCGCCGGGACCGGGCCGGUCACAGUUCUGGUGGAUGCUCCACCUGACGUUUCUCAGGGGGACGCAGCCUCCUCAUCUCAGCAACCCAUCCCAUCUCUCCCUCCCGCGGGCUCACCGGAAGAAGCCAAAGUCCUCGCCGUCGUAUCCUCCACCAUCACACUCUCCGGCUCCGCCGCCGUCGCAGCCAUCAAAGCGGGCGCUACGCAAUUGGGCAGCGGUGGCGGGACGACGAGCAACAGUACGACUGGAGACGACGGAGGACUAAGUGGGUUUGCGAUCGCGGGCAUUGUGGGUGGCGGGGUGUUGGGAUUGAUGAUUGUCGUGGUUGUCUGGUAUAGAUGGCGUAAGAAGAGCAAAGACAAGGACGAUGAGCCCAGUCAGGACAUGACGGAGGCACAACGACCCGAUACGGCCUUCUCGUUCUCUGACGACCCCGUCACGGCGAGUACGGGCCGGAUUCGCCGGGGUACGAUGCAAGCUGCUCAGCAAGGCCAGGGACCGUUUGAUGAUCGGUAUCAAUCCCAGUAUGGCGGCGGGUCGGGGUAUCAGCCUCAUCAAGAUGGGGAGCACGACAUCCACGCUCAGCGGGAAUACACUCAAGGAACUGAUCAGGAUGGGUAUCCUUUCCCUGCUCAAGGUACUCACGAUUCCGCUCCUCACCCUCACGUACGUUUAGAAGGUCAAGAUGACCUAAACGAGCUAUACGGUUCCGCCAUCGAAGAAGAACAAGCCCGUCGAGAACUGACCAACCCCUUCGCACCGCCCGUCCCGCCUCUUCCAGCGUCGGUACGCCAGUCAGGCCUUUCUCGACCAGGAACAAGCUAUACCGACAUCUACGGGGCAUACGAGUCCCGUCCCGCCACUCAAGUAUUGGAGGAUCGAUACUCCCACCGCGCCCACCCUCCGCGCAGGGAGGAUGAUGAUGAUGACGACGGGGAUCUUCCAGCGCAAACACCAGCGACCUCGUCUCUCCUUCCUUGGCUCAAGAAGGAUCCAGCACCACCGCCGCCCGUCCCGGCCUUACCUGCUCCGGCGAGACGACGGGGAAGGGAGGAGAGGGAAGAGAGGAACCUGGAUGUGCCUCAAGAUGUGGGUAUAGGCGAAGGGGAAGGGGAAGGGGGAGGUAGGGAGUACACGAGGUAUGAGUCGAAUGUGGCGGGUUUGGGCGCGAGAGGGGGUCCACCCCCGAGACCGGCGAGACCUGUGAUGGCGCAGACGCCGGCGUGGGCGGGGGCGAAUGAGUUCAACGUGAUGAUACCUGGUUUCAGGUAG